AUGAUGGGGAUCUUUAACACGCUAAAGCCCUUAAUAGCUCAGCGAUUUAAAGCUCAUCUUACGUCUCCCGGGGCCAUUCCGUUUGUCGAGACUAAGGCAGCCGUAUUGUUCAAGUCUCCUGAACUUUCCCGAUUGAGGAAAAGACUUUUGACAAGACCAGGACUUAUUGGUGUAAAGAGAGGAAUGGUGCCUUUUUAUACAAACGAAGGCCUGAGAAUACCUUGCACAGUUUUAGAAAUUGACCAGGUGGAGGUAACGCACAACAAAACUGUUGCGAAUGAUGGUUACUCUGCUGUCCAAGUCGGAUAUGGAUUCAAAUUGAAAAAUCAGACAAAAAAAAUGCUGGGCCAUUUUGCAAAGGCGCAGGUUUCACCUAAAGAGAAAGUAGUGGAAUUUCACGUCAAAUCUGAUGACGGACUGUUGCCCGUUGGAACAUUAUUGAAGGCUGAUCAUUUCAAGGUGGGAGAGUUUGUGGAUUUACAAAGUAUUUCCAAGGGUAAGGGAUUUGCUGGUGUCAUGAAGCGUUGGAACUUCCAUGGUUUGAAAGCAUCUCACGGUGUUUCCAAAGCACAUAGAUCUGCUGGUUCUACUGGUGGUAACCAAACUCCCGGUCGUACCUUACCUGGUAAGAAGAUGGCAGGAAGAAUGGGUGGUCAUAAUGUCACUCUACAAAAUGUUGAAGUUGUGGAUGUGAACGCUGAGAAAGGAUAUAUUCUAAUAAAGGGACCAGUUUCAGGCGCCACCGGCUCUUAUGUCAAAAUUCAAGAUGCUAUCAAGAGAUACCAUUAA